AUGCCCCCAGCGCCAACAAGACCCCCCAGCGGUAAGACACACGUCAGAGCGUACCAGGCAUGCCAGCCAUGCCGAAUCGCCAAGCUCAAGUGCAACCUGGGUGACCCAGAUGCCCCCCACGACCCCCCUUGCGAUCGAUGUCACAGGUCAGGCAGGCAGUGUGUCUUUGGCAAGCCGUAUUCCAGACCCAAAGGACUGGUCAGGAAAAAGAGGGAGAGUGAAAGCGUGGCCAAGUCCCCGGUGGCGUCCACAUCAUCAGCGACUUCAAGGCCGAGCGCACUGGACCGGAUACAUUCUAGCACUCCCCUCUCUCGUCAUCCAGCCUCUGACCAUGGCAUGUCACAAGAUUUUCGUUUUGUCCGCGGCGAGACUUUGGAAAAUCCCGCUGACGCUCUUCGCAUCCUGUAUGCGGCUGCCGAGUACGACGCCUCGCACGAGCGGUCAGAGAGUGCUACCAGUGGGGAGGGGCCGAGCCAGGCAGGUCUUUGGGCGAGGUGGAUACCAGUCAGAGAUGGGCUGCUCACAGCAGAGGAGGCGGCACUCUACAAGGACCACCUCAACCCAUGUCAUCCUGUGGUGCCCAAUGAGCUAUUCCAUUCCCAGAACUUUAGCUCCCUCCUUUCCGAGCCCAUCCUUCUGGCUGCUCUUGUCAGUACAGCAGCCAGAUACCUCGACCUCGGUCACUCUUUCGACGAGAAAGAGCCGCAACGAUCCAAUGUGAUUCAAGGAAAGUUGAUGAACUGGGUAUCGUCAAAGAUCGGUCUUUUGUCCAUGGGAGAGUGA